AUUUAACUCAUUUUUGUACUUUACUAAUCGGAACAACUUUGAGUUUCACUGGAAAACUAGAAAAAAAUCUGCUAUAUGAGACGUAUAACGGAUAGAGAUCUUUAUCUUCAUCGCUAUGGCACUUACUGUCUUCUCUCUUUUCAAAACCCGAUGGAGGGGGACAUCAAUAGAGAUAGAGAAAAUAUUUCGUAUCGAGUUACUGAACCAUUUCCAAUUUCUGGAUCCUACCUUUUAUAACAAAUAUGUCAUCUUUGACAUUUCAAUGACAUUUUCUGUUUUCCUCCUUUCACAAAAUUGCACUUUACCAUAAUUCAAACCUGUUGAAAAUUUUCGUCAGUAUUACAUCUAAAUUCCUGUUGUUGAGGUAAAGUACCACAAUGUCCCAUCCGAAAUGCCGAAAGUGCGCCGACAAGUGCGGCAAAGGAAAAGCGAGUCCGGACGUUUUGGCCAAACUGGAAGCGGGCUUCGAAAAGUUGGAGAAUUCCAAUUCCACGUCCAUGUUGAAGCGGUUCCUCACGCGUGAAUUGUUCGAUAAGUUGAAGUUCAAAAAGACUUCGUUCGAGUCUACUUUGCUCGAUUGUAUUCAAUCUGGUAUAGAAAACUUAGAUUCCGGUAUCGGCAUUUACGCGGCCGAUCCAGAAUGCUACCAAGUCUUCGCCGACCUUUUCGAUCCGAUCAUCGAAGAGUACCACCACGUGAGCCGAACGGACAAACAACCGGCGACCGAUUGGGGCCCGAGUACGACUUUCGGAAAUCUGGAUCCGAAAGGUGACUACAUUGUGUCGACAAGAGUCCGAUGUUGUAGAACGAUGAAAGGCUAUCCGUUCAAUCCUUGCAUGACCGAAGAAAACUACAAGGACAUUGAAAAGCAAAUGCAAGAAGUCUUCAAAGGACUUACGAAAGAUUUGGCUGGGACUUAUAAUCCUUUGACUGAUAUGCCAAAAGAAGUUCAACAAAGGCUAAUUGAUGAGCAUUACUUAUUCAAAGAAGGGGAUCGUUUUUUGCAAGCUGCCAAUUCAUGCCGUUAUUGGCCGACUGGCAGGGGCAUCUACUUCAACAAAAACAAAAGUUUCUUGGUGUGGGUGGGCGAAGAAGACCAUCUGAGAAUAAUGAGCAUGCAACCCGGAGGCAACGUCGGAGAAGUUUUCAAACGAUUGAUUUCGGGAAUCAACGAGAUUGGCAAGACAAUCAACUUUGUUUCUAAUGAACGAUUUGGGUAUUUGACUUUUUGUCCUACUAAUUUGGGUACUACAAUUCGAGCCUCAGUCCACAUUAAAACCCCCAAGCUGGGAGCCGAUAUGGCAAAAUUCCAAGAGCUGGCCGACAAGUACCAUCUUCAAAUAAGAGGUGCCGCAGGAGAGCACAGCGAAUCUUCCGCAGGAAUUUACGAUUUGUCCAACAAGAGACGUUUGGGCCUUACCGAGUAUCAGUGCUUGCAAGAGAUGUACGACGGUAUCACUGAAAUUCUUAAAGCAGAAAAGUCCGCCAAGUAGUUUGGCGUUUUUUUUUUUUUUUUUUGUACUUUGCCUAUGAGUUUGUUUACUUAAAAGUGGUGUUUUUUCCGUC